AUGCCACAUAAAGAUCUUGAUGCAAUUCCAAAUACUUCAUUGCAAGAAUAUAAAAAUAUUUUAAUUCAACAAAUACAUCAUCAAUUACCAUUAAGCUUUAGCAGAAUAGAAAGAAACAUAUUAUCAAUCCCAUGUACUGAAAGUCAAUUUUUUGCUAUUUUUGCAGAACAUAUUCAUCAAUUUUCUAACAACUCACGAGGUCAAAAAUGUUAUAAUCAGAAUCAGCAAACAUAUAUUGUUUUUGAAUGGCUAUCAAAUCAACCAUUUUGUUCUAAUAUUGAUCAAAAUCAAGAUGAUAUUAAUCCUAUAGAAUUA